UACACUUUCUCUGUUAAUUUGUGCUCUCCUAAUUUCAUGUUCUAAACAUAUAGCUGGAUCCAUGGUGUUUCUCCCCUUUCUAAAACCACUCUGAUAAUUGGAUAAAUAUCCUUUAUUUUCUACAUAAUAUGUUAACCUUUCAUUUACCAUUUUUUCCAUUACCUUACAUAUGUUGGAUGUUAACGCAAUAGGCCUAUAAUUCACCUAGAUCUCAUUGUACUUCCUCAUCAAUAAUCCCCAUCCGCUACUUGUUACACAAAUCAAACCCCUUAGAGACAGUCACAUGAUUACUGUGACAAGCCAAGGGUGUGAUUGUGGUGAAACUGAAAGUACUCAAGCUCUCAGUAAAACAAGACACAGCCUGGGCAGGAGUCAAACCGACAACCUGAAGCAGCCACUCCCCUGUCCGGGACACUGAAGGAAGGAGCUGGUAAUCAGUAACUGUGCAUUUUGCUGUCUAUUGGUCUGUGUUACCCUUAACCAGUGCUGUCUCUGGUGUUCAGUUCACUCACCUUCCAAUGUUAUUUUUGGCAGAGUGUGAGCGGUGAGAUCGUGUGAUCGGAGCCACAGACAUAACUCUAGUGAGAGGUAAGGACAAGAGAGGGGACGGACAUCGGCAGCAGCUGUAGGAUUGCCACGACGGAGGUAUAGAAGGAGGGCCAGCAACAGUUCAGGAUCGACAAUAAACACGUGUUGUCACCAAAGCCCACAUCCUGUGAAUGAACCAGUGAUCGAUGUUCAGAACUGACAUCUUGCAGUGAGGAGGAGCGAUCCAUUAUCACAGUUCAAUGCGAUGGAGGUGGGUUUGCGCAAUUGAAAUGUUUCAGGAUCCAGGUAACAAAGAAUGCAACGUGAGGAAAUUGUGAAAAUGUCAACAACUCAAAUUUCAGAUCACUUUUGCUGGAACCAACAUGAACUAAAGAGAACAGAGACCAUACAACACUUUGUAAAUCAGUUUUCUAAGUGGCAAUGUCGAAUGACGGGAUAUAUACGUGAACUACAAGAGAUUGCAAACAGUAUUGAUCGGUAUCACAAAGGUGCCACAAUUGCAAAUGUCACAGGGUCUUCUGCAGGUGCUGUAGGAGGUGUGCUUACGUUUGCAGGAAUAAUUGCUGCUCCUUUCACUGCUGGCAGCUCCCUGAUACUCACUGCAGUGGGAGCGAGCAUAGGAGGAGCUGGUGUUGUCACUAACUUGACAGCUAGCAUCACUGAAUAUGUUACACGGUCAAAGAUGCAGAAAAGGGUAGAUGAGAUCAUCAGACAAUAUAAAAAUGAUUGGAAAGUUAUAUCAGCACACUUGACGACCAUCGACAGUAAUCUCCAGUUCCUGUGUCUUCUUAGUGAGGAAGAAAAUACCGAAUGUGAUUGUAAUGAAGGCACAACAGGGGAUUGUCAAAGGAACAGCAAAGUAAAGCAAGUCACCAGUAAACACAGGGAAAAUUAUUUGCCCAAAGUUAAAGAUAGAUUAUAUUUACAAGGGGUUAGGGAGGAAAGGAAUAUUUUCAACAAAUGCAGGAAAAAGUAUUUUGAUGAAGUUAAAGCUGGAUUACAAUCUGGUUCCAUCGGCGUUAACACAUUUAAACUGACAGCAUCAAUCAUGGGCAAACAAGUCUUACGCAAAUCUCCUGGCCUUAGCAAACUAGCUGAGAAGUUAACAUCUCUGAGUCACAAUGCUCAAAGAACACAGUAUGCCCUGGAAACUGGGAAAGUGAAACAACUGCUUUAUGGAACUCCUCUAGCUUUGUCCAAAACUACAAGAGCUGUUUCAGGAGUUGUGGGAGCACUCUUUAUAGUCUGGGAUAUCUACUCUAUAACUAAGGAUUCUAUUGAGCUGAGCAAAGGAAGUAAAACUGAAGUAGCUAAAAAGUUACGAGAUGAUGCUCAGAAGAUAGAUGAUGCGUUAAACCUGUAUGAGGACAUAUGCCAGUUUCUAAAAAGGUUCUUGAGAGAGACUGGGACAUUGGAUAAUGAAGUCCAGAUUUGAACAGAAAAAGGAUGAAAAUUGUUUCUUCAUUUCCAGUGGCAUUGGACUUAGAUCAUAGGAUACUACAGUAAGGGAUCAAGCCCUUUGGUCCACAAUGUCUGUGCCAAACAUGAUGCCAAGAUAAACUGAUCUCAUCUGAUUCAUACUCCCCCUUUCCCUACAAAUCCAAAAACCUCUUAAACACCACUAUCCUAUCAUCGUCACCACCAACCUUGACAGAGAAUUCUAGGCAUCUAUCACCAUCUAGGCAACAUUCAAUAGACAAUAGGUGCAGGAGUAGGCCAUUCAGCCCUUUGAGCCAGCACCGCCAUUCAAUGUGAUCAUGGCUGAUCAUCCCCAAUCAGUACCCCGUUCCUGCCUUUUCCUCAUAUCCCAAGACUCCGCUAUCUUUAAGAUCCCUAUCCAGCUCUCUCUUGCCUGCCUCCACCACCCUCUGAGGCAGAGAAUUCCAGACUCACCACUCUGUGAGAAAAAGUGUUUCUUCGUCCAAGUAUUGAGUACUUGCCAUGAGAGAUCUAAUUGAAAAGCGUUUGCUCGUCUUCGUUCUAAAUGGCUUACCCCUUAUUCUUAAACUGUGGCCCCUGGUUCUGGACUCCCCAACAUCGGGAACGUUUCCUGCCUCCAGCGUGUCCAAACCCUUAACAAUCUUAUAUGUUUCAAUAAGAUGCCCUCUCAUCCUUCUAAACUCUAGAGUGUACAAGCUCUGCUGCUUCAUUCUCUCAGCAUAUGACAGUCUCACCAUCCCGGGAAAUAACAUUGUAAACCUACGCUGCACUCCCUCAAUAGCAAGAAUGUCCGUCCUCAAAUUAGGGGACCAAAACCGGACUACUCCAGGUGUGGUCUCACAUUCCCCGCAUGUCUCCUUUAAACUUUGCCCCCCUCCCCCUCACAUUAAAGCUAUGGCCUCUGGACAUUGACCUUUCAACUUGGGCAAAAGUUCCGACUGGAAUCUCUCUCCAGGGUACUUUCUUUGUAGUUACUAUAUGCCACUUUGUCCCACCCAUCAUUCCUUCUUAUCCCCACUCCCAACAGACAGAAGGUAAGUUCAUAAGUCACAGGAGUACAAUUCAGCCAUUUAGCCCAUCAAGUCUACUCCACAAUUCAUUCAUGGCUGAUCUAUCUUUCCCUCUCAAAGCUCUUACAGAUAGCAGAGUUAAGGGAUAUGGGGAGAAGGCAGGAACGGGGUAAUGAUUGUGGAUGAUCAGCCAUGAUCACAGUGAAUGGCGGUGCUGGCUCGAAGGAAUGAAUGGCCUACUCCUGCACCUACUGGGUUGUCUAUUGCCUAACCCAUUCUCCUGACUGCUCCCCAUAACCCUCCACACUCUUACUGAUCAAGAAUCUGUCAAUCUCCACCUUAAAAAUACCCAACGACUUCACCUCCACAGCCGUUUGAGACGACUUCCACAGAUUCACCACCCUGACUAAAGAAAUUUGUUCUCAUCUUCUUUCCAAAGGUAUGUCCUUUUGUUCUGAGGCUAUGUCCUCUGCACUCUUGUAAGACUUAGUGCAGUUCUCCUCCAUCUUAUUUAGCUUAUUUAGCCACAUUAGCUAUAACCUCCAUUUUGUACGCAGCAUGCUGGUAGCAUUUUAAAAUAUUAGCCACUACAGAAAUCUGCAAAAGCCUGUGAAUACAGAAGCCUAUGAAGGUGACCUUCACUGUCUCAGUGAGGGUGGAGAUAAGAGCCGUUCCCAGCCGUCUACAGGGCUCGAAAUUAGAGGUUGCCCGGGUGCCACUGACCACUCAAAGUGCUGCCGGGCAACCUAAACGGCGAGUCAUUUUGCCCGGCUUGGCAACUUGGUUUAUACCGAAGAUAUACUGUGGGAAAGAUGCUAAGUGUGGCGUGAUGGAGGGUCGGAACGAAUGACGGGCCCCGCACAGCAGCAGCGGCGGCUCCAUCUCCUCCUCCUCCUGCACCCCGCCCGGCCUGAUAACGCUAUAGGAUCUUUGCUGUUAGCGGCCGCUGCUGCCACUCCGCCAACGGCGGUUUCAAAACAAACCCUUGGAGGAGGGAGGUGUCGGUCAGAGGCGGAAGUAGUAGAGGGGAGUGGGGGGGGGGGGGGCUGAGGGUAGAGCACGGUGAUUGGAGGAGGGAGACGUGCCAAAACACUCUCAGCAGCCCUGCACUGCAGCCAGGAUUGAUCCCAGUUUCCGGCGCUGCAAUUGCUGCCGAACCGCCACUGAACCAUCCCCGUCCGAGAACCCCCCCAUGCCCGGUGGAAGGCCAGAGACGCCGGGAGUCAAACAGGAGCGGUGCCCCCAGGCCGACAGCCAGCGACGCACCAACUCUGCCUGUCCAUGUGUGGAUUGAGAUAGGGCUGUAUGCGAGACAGGCAGAGUUGAGCUGCAUUUAGCGCUGGAUUGAGCUGAAAUUACCGUUCGCAGGGCCUCCGAAGCCUCGCGUGUGUGUGUGUGUGCGUGUGUGUGCGUGCGCAUGCAUGCGCGGCCGCCAAGAUAUUCUGUCCCCGGGUCCCCUCCAUAUUUUUAGUGAUUUGAGCGAUGAUGCCGGUGUUGUCCGAGGAGCGCUGACCUUCCUUCCCAUCUCCUCUGCCCAUUCCUCUCUCUCUCUCUCUCGUACGCCCCCCUCCUCUCCAUCCCGCACUGAUCCCCAUUCCUGCCUCUAUUCAGCCCUCACUGACAUCCCCUGUGCUC